AUGAGCAGAGUCAGUGUUCCAGAGCUGAGCCGGGCCCACCCCAGGGCCUGUCCAGCCUCCCGCAAGCAGCGUCAGGGCAGCACCUAUUUCUCAAGCGCCAGCCCCCACUCCAGGCCUGGUGCCAAGCGCUUCGCGUCCGUGAUCUUGGCCAGCCCCACACCUGGUGAAUUCUUCCAGGGAAGACACUCACAGUGGCCCCUCUGCUGUCUCCCCACGGCCCACCCCAGGCUGCUGAAUGAGAGUGACAAGCGCCCCUUCAUCGAGGAGGCCGAGCGGCUCCGGAUGCAGCACAAGAAGGACCACCCGGACUACAAGUACCAGCCGAGGAGACGGAAGAACGGGAAGGCGGCCCAGGGGGAGUCAGAGUGCCCUGGCGGGGAGGCCGAGCAGGGCGGGGCCGCGGCCAUCCAGGCCCACUACAAGAGCGCCCACCUGGACCACCGGCACCCGGGAGAGGGCUCUCCGAUGUCGGACGGGAACCCUGAGCACCCCUCAGGCCAGAGCCAUGGCCCUCCCACCCCUCCGACCACCCCAAAGACAGAGCUGCAGUCGGGGAAGGCAGACCCCAAGCGGGACGGGCGCUCCAUGGGGGAGGGCGGAAAGCCUCACAUCGACUUCGGCAACGUAGACAUCGGGGAGAUCAGCCACGAGGUAAUGUCCAACAUGGAAACCUUCGAUGUGGCUGAGUUGGACCAGUAUCUGCCACCCAACGGGCACCCGGGCCACGUGGGCAGCUACUCAGCAGCUGGCUAUGGGCUGGGCAGCGCCCUGGCUGUGGCCAGUGGACACUCCGCCUGGAUCUCCAAGCCGCCAGGCGUGGCUCUGCCCACGGUCUCGCCACCUGGUGUGGAUACCAAAGCCCAGGUGAAGACGGAGACCGCAGGGCCCCAGGGGCCCCCUCACUACAGCGACCAGCCGUCCACCUCGCAGAUCGCCUACACCUCCCUCAGCCUGCCCCACUACGGCUCCGCCUUCCCCUCCAUCUCCCGCCCCCAGUUUGACUACUCUGACCAUCAGCCCUCAGGACCCUACUACGGCCAUUCAGGCCAGGCCUCCGGCCUCUACUCGGCCUUCUCCUACAUGGGGCCCUCACAGCGGCCCCUCUACACGGCCAUCUCUGAUCCCAGCCCCUCAGGGCCCCAAUCCCACAGCCCCACACACUGGGAGCAGCCAGUAUAUACGACGCUGUCCCGACCUUAAAGGGGCCCUGUCACAUCCCCCCAGCCCCUGGCUAGUAUGCCCUUCCCAAGCCCUCGCACCCAGUUCCUGGCCCAUCUUUGUCCUGGUGGUGGCUGGGGAGGAGGCGGCAGAGGCUGACAGCUGAGGGGAGGCUUUCUGUCGAGCUCACUGCCUUUGAUGACCCCACCCCAUCCUGUCCAGGCUCAGCCCAGGCAAAGCCCUAGACUUCUAGGCUGGGCAGAGGAGGAGGAGGUUGGUUUUUGCCCCUAGACUGGACCAUGAGGGGCUGCACCUUCCCCCCAGGAUGACCCUCCAUCCCAGGACCUGAGAAGGACCGGUUCACCCUCUGGGAGGGGGAAGCACCCAGGGUCGGAUGGGAAUCAGAGGCCUUGCCAUUCCUGUGACUGUUUCCUCUUGCGUGGAGAACGAGGGGCCUGACAUAACCCAUGCCACCUGUGCCAUGUGCCUAAGGUCAAGGCCACCCCUGCAUCCGUGCCUGGAGUGGGCUAUGUCUGCCCCUUGGGGGCUGGGGACAGCUCUGAAUAGCCUCUGAGAGUGUGGAGGUGGGUGGGGGCUCAGUGGGAGGUAUCCCCCCAGUGCCCCCUUCCCUCCUGAACACAGAAAGGAAUCAACUUAGAGACCCCAGAUCCAGUUCUAUGCCAACAGCCUGAUUUUUCAUCUAAUCGGAAAGAGGGCCCCAGGGCCUCCUCCACUACAGCCUCCCAGACCUUGAGGCACAUCCCGGAAGUGAGGAAAGGAUUGGAGACAAUUCACAGAGCCUUCCUCCUGGCUCUCCGCCAGCUCCCUCUCCCCUCACUAGGCUCUGUGGCCCCUGCUCUCGGCCCCACUCCUGGGCUCCCUGAGAGCUAUGCUGCUCGUGCCCAAACCCUUGGCUCCAGGAGGACAAGGGGCCCAGCACCAGGUUGCUAGCAGCAGCUGAAGACACUAAACUCCUGCCAUGUACAUUCUGCCCUGGCCUUUUGCCCUUGCUUCCCAGUGGUAUCUGAAUAAAGUAUGUAGCUCUGUCUGCCCCUAUGUUCCUGUUCUGCAGCCCCCACAAUCCACAUGUAACUCAUUACUACCCCCUCUUAUUUAUCUCAGUAGCUCCCUCUCCCCUCCCCCCGCUCCUAGGUUCUCCAGCUCCUAUUAACUCUGCAUUAAGUAUUCCCCGUAAUAAAAUUAAAGGUUCCAGCUACCUGCUUGGUGGGCCUGACCUGGCCUGUCUCUUGGUCUCUUCUCCCUGCACCUCUAACCCAAAGGUCUCCUCUCUACCUAGGAAGAGGGGGCCUCGCAGUGGGUCAGUGUGCUCAGGGGCUGGGGCCUCAGAUGGGAGCUCUUCCCCCAGGCCAGCUGUGCCCACCCUACAGAUGGGCCCCUCCCUGGCUCAAGCUGGAACUCAGCCCAAGCGCCCUCCCAGCAGCCCCUCUGCUUGCCCAGCAGAGGAGAGGGAGCUUGCAUAGAAUUCAAGAGACAGGUACUUGAGAGGUGGGUCAGGCCUGACUUCCUGGUGUCUGGCUGCCCAGUCCUUUAGGAUGUGAUGCUGGGCCUUCUCUCUCUGCACACACACACACACACACCCGCAUACACACACACACACCCGCAUACACACACACACACACAACCACAUACACACACACAUAAACACACACUGGCCCAAUCCAGGAUCUAGCCAAUCUUCACGGCAGCUGCCUGUGUCUGAGUGUAAACCCAGGAUGGCAGAUGUACAAUCUAACCCUUCAGUGCUUCUUCCCUCGGAGCUCUUUCCUCAGCUGAAUUCCAAGCUGUGCUGGGGACAGGAGCCACUCCACCUCAGGAGCAGGGGAAAUCUUUUCACCACAUGCUCCACUGAUGGCUGGCUCCAAUGGCUGGAAGUCUUCCUUAUACCCAGCUAAUAACGGUAAUAGCUACCACUAUCGGAGUGCUCCCUGGCCAAGUGCUUUAUGUCAUUCAAGCCUAUGAGGGAGGAGAUCCAGUCUUUGUCCCCAUUUUCCAGAUGGGCAAACUGAAGCUUUGAGGUUCAUGCUAAGUAGUGCUGAUGCUCUGACUCCCUCAUUGAGCUCUUAACCGUCAUCUCUUCCAUCUGCCCAGCAUCUACAGGCCCUACUUCCACUUUUAAUCUGAAGUGAUGCUUUUUCCACUGCUCCAGACCGGCCACCUCAGCUCCCUUAUCCACCUCUCACCUCCUAGUCAGGACCUGGGGUGGGGAGGGUUGGGGAGGGGUGGGGUAGAGCGUGCCAAGACCUAGCCCAGUCCUCCAGGGUGGCCAGACUCCCAUCGGGAAACUGCAUCAUGUGAGCUCUUAGGCAACCUCACCAAAACUGCUGGCUCCGUGAAGCUUAGUGGUAGCUGCGAACCCCUGUUCUCAUGAACAGGAUCUGCUGCCAAGUCAGACCGCCCCAAACUGUAUGUAAGAUGUCUCCCGGUGUUUUGUUGUUGUAGAUAAAAGCAGGAUUUUAUACUGAUCUUUAACAGAUUUCAUCUUGUUGGAAUUGACCAUUUCCCACCUACAUUAAACCUUUUGGAAUCCUGAAUACAACUUACUAGCUCUCCUUCUGUAUCUGCAAACCUGAAUAUCCUAUUCAAGUCACUAAUAAAAAAGGUUGAAAUGAA